AUGGAGCACGGGUGCCUUUCUCGCAAGCCUCGGAAUUUUCGGCCUCCGAUCCUCGUCCUCCGAAGGCCCUCGCACGCCCCGGUGAGCCCCACAGGGGGGGACCGCCGCAUCGCGCUCCUGCAGGAGGUCGACGCCGACGAGAAGGUGGCCGAGGAGGAGCUCGAGGCGGACGCCGACCCCGAGGGCACCGCGGCGCCCGAGGCGCCCGCGGCGGAGGUCGCUCCGGCCGCCGAGGCCGCCCCGGCCGCCGAGGCCGCCCCGGCAGCCGAGGAUUUGGGGCCAGUCGCCCGGGUGGCCGAGGCGGCCGUUGCGGAGGGAUCUGAGGGUGCCGUCGCCAACGCGUCGGAGAACGCCACGGAGGUCCAGGCCGACGAGAACCAGAGCAGGGCCAACCUGUCCACGUACUUCGACCCGAAGCUGAUGGCCAUCUUCCGGGAGAAGCAGGCGCAUCUGAAAGAGACCAUGAAGGACUUCAUGGUCUCGAAGAAGGAGCUGGACGUGGCCAAGCUUGCCGCGAACCUGGCGAUGAAGAAGCUGAGGCUGGCGACCGAGAAGCGCAGGAAGAUCUUGAUGGGAGAGAGGAUGGCCGAGGCCGAGGAGCGCCGGGCGAUCAAGGAGAGCCGCCGGCAGGCCAAGACGGACAUGACGGCGCGCGCGGAGCAGCUGCUGGAGGACUCUCUGGGUGGCCUGGCGGGCGUGAACAUGAGCUACAUGGUCGACGUCGUCCUGGCCUUGCCGGAGGCGCUGCAGGACGAGGAGUUUGUGGAGGACUUCCGCAAUGUGACAAAGAGGGUGGACGUCAAUGUCCGUAAGUUCCUGGACCAGACCCAGCAGAAGACCACCCAGUUCGUCAAAGACAGCACCUCCGCUUCUGACGUGGAGCUGCGCUUCAUCAUGGCGAAAUUCUUCCACGAGUCUGGCUUCCGCCUCCGAGGGCUCCACCAGGACAGCCUGAAGGCCAUCCAGAUGCUCCGGCGCACGGUCCCGGAGGACCUGGAGAGGGCGCUCUUCCCGUUCCUCGGGCAGCUGAAUGCCAACACGGUCCGCCUCAGGAUCAAUGCCACCAGCCUGGCCACCGCCACCCCGAAGGAGGCGUGCGACCAGAUCACCCAGAUCAUGGCCAACGUCUCGGACUACGACUCUCCGGCUGCCUGCGGCAGGACCCGUGAUCGAGAACGUGUCCACGAGGGUGCUGCCCAACAUGGAGAGGGUGCUGCAGGUCUCCCCGAACAUCACUACCUUCGUGGGUUCGUUCCUGAACAUGGCGCGCCUCGAGGUGGGCGGCCUGCAGGAGAGGCGGCCCACAGCAUGGUCACCAGGGCCAGCCCCAUCAUCGCCGAGCGGGUGCAGUGCACCUUCAGCGGCGCGCGCCCCCGCGCUGGCCUCCUCGGCACGGCCGUGGCGCUCGCCGCCGCCUGGCUCCUGCUCUGA